UUAGUACUCUCUUGUAGUAUAAAUGAAUGAAAGCCCGCUAAGCUGAGUAGAACACGUGAUUUAUAUAUUUUUUGGCCAGAAUUACGGCAUUAAGAAAUGAUUGUGUCAACUAAUUACAGUGUAACGUAACGAUUAGCACAGAAUUACAGAUUCGUGUUAUCACGUGAUAUAAUUUAUCCUAGAUAAUUUUGGCCAGAAUUAUGAUGUAAUUUUAAAUGACUAUUUCAGAGAUUGCACGUGAAUGAUACCUAAAUUUAUAAAUAGACGUUAAAGAGAAUAUAUAUUUGCUUCCUAUAAAUUGAUAAAAAUGUCAUUCCGCAGUAUCGAUGUUGAUGCUCUAGACGAAGAUAUAUUACUUCCCGAUGAGCUAUUUGCUUUUUCUAAUGGAAUUGAAAUUGACCCAGAAACUGCUUUAAAUAAUGUUAAGUCAAAAGAAGUUGAAGUUAGGAACCUUCUAACAAGAGGUGACACAUCUAAUGCGUUAAUAAAAGCAAUAGAAAACCCUCCAUAUGGACUCUUCACGAUAGAAGCUAAAGAUCUAAAUACACAAAUUGUGAUGGAAGUUCUAAAUUCUACUAAAGCUACAGUCGAAUUUGUGAAAUCUUUAGCUACAGAACAACAAGAUAUUUUAAUGAAAUAUAUUUAUCGAGGAAUGGCGUCUCCUGAUUUAUAUAAUUCUGCUGUAUUAUUAAAUUGGCAUGAAAAGCUUACUGAAGUUGCGGGAGUGGGAUGUAUUGUUCGUGUAAUUACAGAUAGAAAGGCCGUCUAAUUUCUUUAAUACUGGACGCGCCAGUGUAAUACUAAAAAAUUUUGCAUGUAAAAAACAAGCCAUUUAAUUUUUAAUUUAAAUAAAUAAUACUUUUUUAAUAAAUUAUAAUAUUAGAUUGAAGUGUUUAAUUUCUAACAACUACAAUACAAUCUUAUAACUACUACUACGCUACUAAAUAUAAAAACUAAAAUACAGAAACGCAAAAAUUGUCAAUUUUUUUGAUUAACCUAAUAAUUUUUUCAGUCAUACCAUAAAAAAAAGA